AUAUAACUGUUAAUUCUCAAGCAGGAUAUUAUCAUAUCAAAAUGGAUAAUGAAAAGACCUGGGUUGAUUUUAGAAUAGACGAAAAUGAUCUUACUACUCCUAUAGCAUCAGAUUUUCAACCUGAUCGUUUUCGAAGUCUUAUAAGAUAUAUAAAAUCUGAUGGUAAAUUAUCAAUUCCUUUCACAAUAGGUAUUAAUAUUUUAUCUAUUAUUAGAUUGUUAAAAGAUUCAGUAUAUAAAAAAUAUCCUGAGCUAUAUUCUAAAUUACAAGUUUUUAUUAAAGUGCAAGAAAUGACAAAAAAAAUGAUUAGAACAAUUGAAAAAAAAGGAAAACGCCUUCGAUCAGAACUACAAUCAACAUCAACAGGUAAAUUAGUUCAUAAUGGCAUAUGCAUAACCAGUGAUAUAAAGCCAGUAAGUUCAGAAAGUUUUUAUAUGGUGUUAUUUGAGCACAAACAGACAAAAAAUAAACUAUACAAUGCUAAUCGGCAAAUCAAACGGCUGAAAGUACAAUGUGAUCAUUAUUUUGAUAUCGUGGAGAAAGAGGAUAAUGAUGAUGAUGAAUUAUUAGCAUUAAUGAUUCAAGACUCUAUAAAAGAAGAAAAGCUUGGCUCAACAUUAUUGAUAAGCACCGAAUAA